CAAACUCAAUCAGUGAAAGCCUUUUACCCAAAAACCAUCUUUGCACAUCCCAGUACAUCCCAUUUAGCCAAAUUUCCGCAGUGCCGAAAGAAGAGAAACAGUGUAGGGGUAUUACAGUGAGUGAGUGAGAGCGAGCGAGCGAGAGAGAGAGGACACGCGUGUCUAUGCUGUGUGUUAGUGUGUAUGAAAGAGUGAGAGAGUGAGUGAGUAAGAGAGAGAGAGAGAGAGAGAGAGGGGAAAACUGCGAAAUCCGUCAAGGUUUCCAGGCGUUUGGUUAUUCCUCUCGACGCCUGUGCACCGCUGACUCGGGUCGCGUGGUAGAGGAUGAGUUCUUUCAGCACCAGGGCACUAACGCUCCUGUCAUCUGUGUUUGGGGCGUGCGGGCUGCUUCUGGUGGGAGUAGCUGUGUCUACAGACUACUGGUUGUUAAUGGAGGAAGGCAUCGUUCUGCAGCAGAACCAGACCACCGAAAUAAAGAUGGCUCUGCAUUCUGGACUCUGGAGGGUCUGCUUUGUAGCUGGGCCAGAGAAGGGGAGAUGUGUGGCAGCUGAAUACUUUACUGAGCCGGAGAUAGAGAUCACUACGGAGAACACAGCCAAUAUACUAAAAAUGGUCAGGACAGCCACCCCCUUCCCCAUGGUCUCGCUCCUCUUUGUCUUCACGGCCUUUAUCAUAAGUAACAUCGGCCACAUUCGUCCCCAACGCACCAUCCUGGCCUUUGUCUCUGGAAUCUUUUUCAUCUUAUCAGGUUUGAGUUUAGUGGUUGGUCUGGUGUUGUACAUCUCCAGUAUAAACGAUGAGGUGAUGAACAGGCCUCGGGAAGCAGAGCAGUUUUUUCACUAUCACUACGGCUGGUCGUUCGCCUUCGCUGCCAGCUCCUUCCUGCUUAAAGAGGGUGCUGGGGUCAUGUCUGUCUACCUCUUCAUGAAACGCUACGCUGAGGAGGAAAUGUACCGGCCCCAUCCUGCACUCUACCGCCCUCGUCUGUCUGAAUGCAGUGACUACAGUGGGCAAUACCUGCACCCUGAGUCCUGGCCACCUCCGCAGCGUGGCCGCAGUGCUUCUGAGCUGUCUAGCGACAUCUCCAUUCAACUCAACCAGACCCCUCUGCCUCCACCGCCAAAGAGCUGCGGGCCCUCCAAUCCACCCUCUUCAUCAGGGCCGUCCUCCGCGGCCAGCUAUCAUAUCCAACCUGCUUCAUCUUCCUCCUCUUCUUCCUAUCCUCACACCAUCCACUCCUCCCAUUCUGGUGGCCCUAUCCCUCAAUCUCUUCCAAUGGCCACACCCCCAUCGGCGGUGCCUCCUCCUCGCUACCAAGCUCACAUGCGUAUGAGCGCCUCCCCAUGUUAAAGUUAUUCUGUAUAACGUACCUGAAGAAUAAUAUUUGUAUAACUUUAAGUAGCAGGGAGGCAAGAGAAACAGGCAAGUGGGACUUUUAAUGUACUGUAGGAGCAAACUAGAGAAAAGGGUGCUAGCCAGUUGAAAAGAUGUAGGAAGCCCUUCACUUACAAUUCUGUGCCUGAAUCUCACUGACAUUUCAACAGAUUCUCAGAGAGAGAUUAAUAAGUAAGGGAAUGGAGGUAUUAGCAUUUAUAUAUAGAAUGUAUGAAGAAGAAGAAGAAGAAGAAGAAGGAAAAGUUACAUUAUAGUGAAAGAGACAAAAGUACAAAAUACUGACUUGCUGAAAAUAGUUGUAUAACUUAUAUAUACAUUUAUAUUUAAAGUGUAAAAAUCUUAUCAAAGAUCUUUUUGGACACCUCUCCUAUCUGGUAUCAUACAAACAUAUUCCACCUUUUCCAUAAUUUCAAAGACUAUUUAUACCAUUUUGUCUUGUUUGUACUGAAAUGCAAAGGCACAAACAGCCUAUGCCAGAUUUCUUUAUCUGGUGUGGCAGAUUCCUUAAAGUGGACAAGAACUAUACAUUCUGUACAUACUUACUCCAGAAGGGUUGUAUAAUCAUCAUGUAUGUAUAGGUAUUCAAACAUAUGUUUUAUCAUCUGGGCAUUGAAAAGGUGUGAGGGGAACUACAACUAGGGGUACUGUUCACUGUUUUCUCUUUUCCUAUCAAUUUGUAAUGUUUUUAGAUUUGUACAUGAGAGUAGAUGUUAUAACACUGGCUUAUAGAUGCUUACCAUCCCAAAUGUUGUAUGCUUGGCCCUAUGGCCCUCAAAUGCCUUGUGUUUUCAUGUGCUCUCUCAUUUAAAAAAAAUCCAAAAACAACAACAACAAAAGACGUUAGCAGUUGUAUACAGUAACAUGACACAAAAGAAAGAUUUUUACCGUAAACAUAUUUAACUUAUAUAAAAUGAAGUUUGUGUCUUCAGCUCCUAUGAAUGCAGGAGAUAUAUUCUCUGUAAGGAUACUCUCCUUAAUUGUUUAAUCAUCAUCUUAAAAAUACAGCAAUUAUUUCUCUUUUAUUAUAUUAUAUUAUAAUAUUAUGAAACAGUUAACUGUAUUGUUUAUUAUUAAAAAUGUAUGAAUUUUAUGUAAGCCUACUAAUAUCUGUUAUAUUGAAACUGUUUUACAUGUGCUGUUAUAAAAUGACA